AAGUGCAAAUUUAGCAUUUUGUGAAGGCUGUCUUGGGGAAAUGGCUUCAAACACUACAACAGGAUAUUUUUGUCCACCUCCAAUGAAGGCUACUUCUAAUGGAAUCUUCCAGGGGGAUAGUCCUCUGGAUUUUGCACUCCCUCUUGCUAUUCUUCAGAUAUGUCUUGUGCUUAUUCUCACAAGGAGCCUCGCCUAUUUCCUAAGGCCACUGAGACAGCCCCGUGUCAUUGCAGAGAUUAUUGGAGGAAUACUGCUUGGGCCAUCAGCUCUUGGUCGUUACAAGCCCUACCUGAAUGCAAUUUUUCCAGCCAGAAGCCUCACUGUGCUCGAUACUCUAGCCAACCUUGGUCUCCUUUUCUUUCUGUUCCUUGUUGGCCUAGAGUUAGAUCCAAAGUCUAUACGUAGAACUGGUAAGAAAGCCCUUUCCAUUGCUGUUGCAGGAAUCAGCCUCCCCUUUGUGUUAGGAGUGGGUUCAUCAUUCAUCCUCCACAAAACAAUUUCAAAAGGCGUGCAUGGACCCCCAUUUCUUGUUUUCAUGGGUGUUGCCCUCUCAAUAACUGCCUUCCCUGUCUUAGCCCGUAUCUUAGCUGAACUCAAGCUCCUGACUACUGAUGUAGGCCGAAUAGCCAUGUCAGCUGCAGCAGUCAAUGACAUUGCUGCUUGGAUCUUACUUGCCCUCGCAAUCGCUUUGUCUGGCACUGGCCAUUCACCAAUUGUUUCUCUCUGGGUCCUUUUAUCUGCGUUUGUUUUUGUCAUUUGUUCCAUAUUAAUAUUUCCGCCAGUCUUCAAAUGGAUGGCAAGGCAUUGUCAUGAAGGUGAACCUGUGGAUGACUUAUACAUUUGUGCUACCUUAGCUGCUGUUCUUGCGGCUGGGUUUGUCACAGAUUCUAUCGGAAUCCAUGCCCUCUUUGGGGCUUUUGUUCUUGGCAUUUUGGUACCAAAAGAUGGACCCUUUGCUGGUGCUCUUGUUGAAAAAGUUGAAGAUCUUGUAACUGGACUCUUUCUUCCUUUGUAUUUUGUUUCAAGCGGCUUGAAAACCAAUGUAGCCACCAUUCAAGGGUCUCAAUCCUGGGGUCUCCUGGUCUUGGUGAUAUGUACUGCUUGUUUUGGGAAGAUUGUUGGCACUGUUGUGGUUGCUCUUCUUUUCAGAGUACCUUAUCGUGAGGCUCUUGCAUUAGGUUUCCUCAUGAACAGUAAAGGGCUAGUAGAACUCAUCGUCCUCAACAUUGGAAAAGAUAGAAAGGUGUUGAAUGAGCAGACUUUCACGAUCAUGGUUCUGAUGGCUCUUUUCACAACCUUCAUCACCACCCCCCUUGUCAUGGCAGUAUAUAAGCCGGCAACAAGGAACAAGGCUAAUUACAAGCACAGAACAGUAGAAAGGAAAGAUUCAAGUACUCAGCUUCGGAUUUUGGCUUGUUUCUAUAGUAUAAAUAAUAUACCAACAUUGAUAAAUCUCAUUGAAGCUUCUCGUGGCACUGACAAGCCAAAAGAGCUCUGUGUAUAUUGUAUGCACCUCAUGGAGCUCUCUGAGAGACCAUCAGCGAUCCUCAUGGUACACAAGGCAAGGAAAAAUGGGUUGCCCUUCUGGAAUAAGGGGAAGUGGACACACUCCAACCAUGUUGUGGUAGCCUUUGAGGCUUUCCGGCGGCUGAGCCAAGUUUCUGUGAGACCUAUGACAGCCAUCUCAGCAAUGUCCAGUAUUCAUGAGGACAUCUGUGCAAGUGCUGAGAAGAAGAGGGUAGCUAUGGUGAUUCUUCCUUUCCACAAACACCAAAGAGUGGAUGGUACAAUGGAAACAACACGAACUGAGUUCAGGUGGGUGAACAAGAGAGUCCUUGAGAAUACACCAUGCUCAGUUGGGAUCCUCAUUGACCGUGGCUUUGGUGGAACGAGUCAUGUAUCUGCUAGUGUUGUUUCUUCUUACAUCACUGUCUUGUUUUUUGGAGGAUGUGACGACCGUGAGGCACUUGCAUAUGGAGUACGCAUGGCAGAGCACCCUGGUAUUAAUCUGACAGUCGUGCACUUUCUGAUACAGCUUGAACCAGUGGAAGAAAUUGUCGUAGUUGAUGUAGAUGGUGAUUCUGACACCAAAGGUAGGUCAAGUGAUAAUGUUUUCCUAACUGAAUUCCAGAAGAUUCAAAAAGAAAAUUCAACAAAUUAUGAAGAGAGGAUCGUUAGAAAUGCUGCAGAAAUCAUUAGUAUCAUUGGGGAGUUCAAUCAUUGCAAUCUGUUAUUGGUGGGACGAAGACCUGAGGGAGAGGCAGUGGCAGCUCUUGAGGGAUACAAUGAAUACCCUGAAUUGGGGCCAGUGGGAAGCCUGUUAGCAUCAUCAGAUUUCUCAACUAGAGCAUCAGUUUUAGUUGUGCAACAGUAUGCUAGUGGGAAGCCAUCAGCAGAUUUGCCAACUAUCUCCCCAGAGAAAUUGUUCGAAGGAGAUUCAGAAUCCGACUGA